UGAACACGUAAUGUACAACAAAAUUCAAACUUAGAAAGAGAGUUGUAUUUAUUGCAUUAUGCUUCAAACUUUGACAUUACUGGAUUUGUUUGAUGUCUGCUUUUCCUGCACUUUUGUCUACAACUGGCAUUCAUCUAUUCCUGGUAAAGAAAUGAUCUGUUCCUAGUGUUGUCUUUUGUAGCUGCAUAUCUUUAUGAUUGCUGAGGCUUCAUAGGUUUGAUUAAGCUGUGGACCAAACAUGGCUCCUGCGCUCCAAGGUAAAGUUAUCGUGAUUACGGGUGUCAGCGGUGCUGCGAAAUCCACAAUAGGUGAGAUGCUGGCCAAAGUUUUGAACUAUAGUUUUCUUGAUGCCGAUGAUUUCCACUCACAAUCAAACAAAGAAAAAAUGCAUCAAGGCAUUCCUCUAUCAGAGGAAGACCGGAUUCCAUGCUUGAAAGUCUCCAGGAUCUUAAGGGAGAGGUUAGCUGGUGGAAAAACUGUUGUACUUAGCUGUUCUUCUCUGCAGAAGAAAUAUCGAGAAAUUCUUAGGUCUUCUGACUCUAAUUAUCAACUUAGAAGCUAUGUCAGUGCAGUUAAGUUUGUGUUGCUGGAUGCCAAGGCUGAGGUGCUUGCAGAGCGGCUAAAAAAAAGAGCUGCAGAAGGGAAGCAUUUCAUGCCAGCAACUCUUUUGCAAUCACAGAUAGACUUGCAGCAGAUGGAUGAUUCUGAAGGAACAUUUAAAGUUGAUGCUGCUACUUUAAGUCCUCGAGCAAUUGUAAAUGACAUUAAAAGCUAUGAUUUUAUGAUCAACAGCACCUAAAUCAUUUUCACAACUAAAAUGUUUAGCAGCCAAGAAUGGCCUUGGUUGGCUCAUGACAUCACAUUUCAUAAAAUUUUUGUUGUUAUACACUAAUAUGCUUUUCUUGUAACAAUGUUCUCACUACUUAUUAUCUGUUUAUUUUAUUAUCACUAACGUUCUUUA